CUGAAAAUCAAUGAAAUGACUCCAGAAAAAGGUGUAGUUUAGGGGAUAUAUUUCUGAUGCAGGAGGAGAUUUCAUAGAAAGGUAUGCAGCAGCGGGUAGGAAGAAUGACUCCCCAGGCGGAGUUAGCGAGGAGAUGUUUAGAAAUGAACGUUGAUCUCAACCUUCAUGAGAUGUCAUGCCCUGGCAUAAAGGAAUGGAAAGCACUUCAUUUAGCAGCCUGGAACGGGAACACUCGCCUAGUAAAACAACUACUCCAGCAAGGAGAGAAAGUGGAAAGCAGAGAUGAGCUCGGCUGGACCCCUCUGCACUGCGCGGCAAUGAAUGGUCACUUGGCUACAGUGAAGCUCUUGAUUCAGCGAGGUGCCUUAUCCAAUGCUCCAGAUGGCUCCGGAUACACAUCACUGCACCAUGCAGCAUGGAGUGGUCAUACACAUAUGUGCGAGAUGUUAUUGCAACGUGGUGCCAAAGCACAGGCAGCAUCCAAGAGUGGUCUGACACCUCUACAUUUAGCAGCUGCCAAUGGACACACACUUAUAACCCAUCUCCUGCUGAAGCACAACACUGACCCUUGCAUUGGAGACAACAACCAGUGGAGUCCUCUGCAUUGGGCAACAGUGAGCAAUCAGUUACAUAUCAUGGACCUACUAUCAGAACAAGGAGUAUCAUUAGAGCUUGAAGCUGCUGGCAAUUUGACUCCUUUGCACAUUGCUGCUGAAACUGGUCGACUGGAGGCUUUGGCCUAUCUAUUGGAAAAAGGAGUCAAUGUGAACAACACAGACCAGCUAGGCAGAACCCCACUUGCAAUAGCAGCUGGUAAUGGUAGCACAGAGGUGGUCAGACAGCUGCUGGACAAUAAUGCUCUAAUCGAUAUGCAGGACAAACAUGGACGCACUGCACUUCACAAGGCAGCGAUUUCAGGUCACCUGACUGUCGCACAAUUGCUUGUUCAGAACGGGGCUUCUCUAAACCUAAAAGACAGCCUGAAUCUCAUUCCAGCACAGAGAGCAUCUAUGUGCGGACACAAAGAAUUGUGUGUCUAUUUGUUGUCUCAAGGGGCCAUCAAAGAUGCUGAAAAUUGCAGCUGAAAACAGUUAACACAGUUAUGGAUGGGGGGGGGAAUCUAUUAUGAAGUCUUGCAGCUGUGAAAAGCAGCAAGUGAAAUGAAUGGCUUUAGCAAAUAUGGAAAGGGAAACGCUGUAAUAACCGCUGAUACAGCUGGGGAUUAUUACAUAAUACUUUGGUAUAUUAUAAAAUAUUUAUGUUUGUGUUCACUACUAUAUAGCACUUGGUUAUAUCAAUCAUAUCCACCAUGUUAAAGUAUGUAAAUAAAUUACAAAAAGUAUGAAUGCUGAAUAGUUAGAGCACUUUCAGACAUCUAAUAACAUUUUGUAGACAUGUUAAAAGGUCACCUGACCUAGAAAGCUGAGUCAAUAGUGGUACAAAAUACACUAUCAUAUUUUCAUCACUUUAAAGGGAAAUUAAACGCAUUUUUUUCUUUCAUGACAAUGUACAGUUUUAAUAAACAUUCCAUUUACGUUGUUUAUCAACUUUGUUCUCUUGUUAUCCUUUAAUAAA